GAUGCCCCGAUACGAUUCACAUUUUUUGUUUUGCCAAGAGCAGCCAACACAAAUAUCAACGACAACCCUUCGCCUCCCAUCUCUCUCUUUUUCUCUCUGGUUCCAGAUUCCUUUUUUUUUGUAUUUUGCUGUAUCAAUCCUGGAUCUCCUUCUAUUUAGCGUCUUCCUUGUUUGUAUGCCCGUACUCUGCUGUAUACGCAACUGGGCUGCAUCUGCGCCGCGCCGCAAGGAGUCAAUUUGAAAGGUCAAAUCGAUUUUCCGGCCGUUCAACCGCCAAGGAAGUUUGGGUUCCGCUUCUCAUUGGUUUGGUGGAACUAAAUCUGAUUUGUUUUGGCGGCUGUGCUUUUAUCGGACAAGACCUAGGGUUUUGGCUGAAUAGCAAUUGAGUGUUUUUAGUGUAUUUGGAAUAUUGGUCAGGCAUGCCAAGGAGUUCUAAGAGCAAAUCUCAUAAGCAGAGCAAGCACAGUUCGAAAGAGAAGAGGGAGUAUUCUGAUUCAGAGGAAGAUGUGAAGAUGAAGGAUAGGAGCAUUAAGGAGGAGAGUUCUGCUAGGGCUUCAAAGGAUUUGGGCCAUUCUGUUUCUGGUGAUAAGCGGAAAUUUUCUUCUCAAGCCAGAGAAGGGAGAGAAGGAAAAGAUCUGAGCAAUUAUGGGAAUGGGGAGGUCACCGAGGAGUAUGUUUCAUCUAAGCGGCGGAAGGAAAAGGGUGACGGUGGUGUUAGCAGUGAUAGAUGGAAUGGUGGUAUGGAUGAAAGUGUUGACGAUAGGCAUGUGGAGAAGGAGGGCAAGGCUGGAAGUUCAAAAAAUGACCAGGAAAAGGUAUUGAGGCAGAAGGAAGCAAAAGUUUCGGGUGAUUCAAGGAGUAGAAGUAGUAAGAGGCAUGAGAGUGGAAGCGGAGGCGUGAAAAAGGAGGAGAUUUCAGUGUCAGGAAUGGAGAGAGAAGAUGCUAAGAGCGGAAAGAGUAGUGAGUCAAGGAAGAAAACAGAAGUAGAUUCUGUUCGAAAAGAGAGCACCACUUUAAAAGAAAAGGAUCAUGGGUCAGAAAGGGAGAGGAAGCGCGAAACUGACAUAGAAAAGAAGCAAAGGUCUCAGUCAGGGGAUGUUGGUGAGGAGAAGCAGGGAAAACACCUUAAAGAACAUACUGUUGUUACAGAUCGUUCAGUACGGAGUGAAGUGCGUCAUUCUGAUCUAGAUAGAGAUGCCGAGAAAAAGAUGCGAAAGAGACAUGAUAGUUCUGGUGAUCGAGAUAGAUAUGAUGGUGAUGACCAAAAUGAUGAGAAGCAGAUGUCUUCAAGAGCUGGAGACCGCAUUAAAGAUGAUAGACACAGAGAUUCAAAGCAUAACGAUGGAGGCUAUAGAGACAAGUACCGGGAAGAUGGUGAUAGAGAUGAGAGGCAUAAUAAGGAAGAGAAGUACGAAACUGAUAAGGACAGAAGAAGGCGUGAAGAUAAGUACCGGGAAGAUGGUCAUAGUAGUAGAGAUAAUAGACGUAAAGAUGGCAAAUACCGUGAUGAUGGUGAUAGAGAUACCAGAAAUAGGGAAGAAAAAUAUCACCAGCAUGAAGAUAGAGAUAACAGACACAAGGGGUACCGAGUAGAAGUAGAAAGAGAAAGUCGGCAUCGAGAUGAUAAGUAUCGUGAAGAUAACGAUAGGGGUGGAGAUGAUAAAUACCUUGAAGACAGAGACAAAGAGAAGGAUGUUAAGCGUCGUGUUGAUAGAUAUCGUGAAGAUGGCGAGGAAGAUAGACCGAGGGACAGUAAAUAUGGAGAAGAUGUUGAGAGAGAUGAUAGGCACAAUGAAAAAAAGUAUCAAACGGAUUUUGAGAAGGCUAGUAUGCACCGGGAAGGAAAGUACGGAGAAGAUUACGAUAAAGACAAAAGGCUGAGGGAUAUGAAGUACACAGAUGAGCUCGCCCUAAGAGAUCGCUCAAGAGAUAGAUCUGAUGCAAAGCAUUCAAAAGAUGAGACUCAUGCCACAGACAAUCAUUCUAGGAAAGUAGAUGUACAUGAGAACAGCAGCCCCAAUUAUGAUGAUCGGGCAUCUAGGUAUAGAGAUGAUCAAGGAAGGAGAAGAGCCGACGAUAAGGAGGAUCGCAAUGAUUCUAGAUUUCAAAGUUCCAAAGAGCAGUAUGACUUAGAGAAGCGGGCUGGAACUGUUCCUCGGCUGGAAACUGCUACUGACCGUGGGAAAUCUUCCUCGAGGAAUAGUGAUCUAGAGCGAAGUUCAAACCAUAGCAGGAGAAGAAGUUCACCUGGUAGUGGCCCUUUUACUGCAAGAGAUCAUUAUAGGCAAUCCAAGCAAGAAGAUCCGAAGUACAGGGAUCAUAUUUAUGAGGAAAGGGUUCGGAGAAAUAGAGAUUAUUCUGGAUCUGCUGGAGUGCUGGAUAAAAUUACUUCAACUCGGUCUGCAGAAAAAGCUACUCAAAAGGAUGACAACUAUUUAUUAGAUGGUUCAGCUGAAAGACGCCUGAAAUCUGAUCCCCGGAACACUUCGAAUCCAGUGCUGGAUAAGUCCCCUUCAUCAACAAGUAAUGAUCGCAGGCAUCUAGGUAGACCUGAAGUUAAGAGGAGUCUCGAAGUAGAAGAUUUUGCGCUGAGAAGUGGCUUGAAGGAUGCCAAGGAUUUCUCUGGGAGGGAAGGUAGAGGAAAUCGUGAUCUGCCUGUGGAAGCAUUUGCAGGGGACGAACUUGUCCAUCCAGAUGGAGACACUUUAUCUGUUUCUUCACCUUUUGUCAGGGGCGUCCCAGGAGGCAGCACAAGGUUGCCCCCUCUUCUCCCAUUUCGUCCUGGAGUUGAUAAUCCUUCAGUGGUUGGAUCUUCUGAAGACGAUUGUAGGGGCAAGCCAGGCAGCCGGCAUAGAAGGGGUGGUGUUGAGUCAAAUGCUGGGAGAUUCCAAGGAAAUUCUUGGAGAGGGGUCCCAACUUGGCCUUCCCCUGUUGCUAAUGGUUUCAUCUUCCAACACAGUCCAGCUCAUGUCACUUUUCCUCCAGUGAUGCAACAGUUUCCUUCCCCACCCAUGUUUGGUGUGAGGCCCUCUAUGGACUUGAAUCACUCUGGACUCCCUUACCAUAUGCCUGAUGCUGAUAGAUUUUCUAGCCAUGGACGCCCUAUAGGGUGGCGAACUCCUAUGGACACUUCUUGCUCUCCAUUUCAUACUUGGGAUUCUAACAGCUCGGUUGUUGGUGAUGAGACUAACAUGUAUGGGAGGCCAGAGUGGGACCAGUAUAGGAACAUGCCAUUGACUAGGAACUGGGAGCAUGCUAGUGACAUGUGGAAGGGGGGGGCAAACAGGAGUGCAAGUGUGGAGUUGUCAUCUGCCUCUCAUAAAGAGGCUAAUUCAGGUCAGGGUCCAGUUGAUGAAUCUUUGACUUGCCAAUCUGUCCAGCAAUCUCAGUGUGAACAAAAGCAUGCUGACCUUGAGGCCGAGAGCAAGACUUUUAGUCAGUCAAGUGAUGUGGAGAAGAAUAAUAAUACUGCAGAAGGUUUGAAGAUUCUACCUCAUGAAACAUGUGGUAGUGAUUCCAAAAUGUCAAGGAAGGAUGACACUUGUUUUUGCCUGGCCUACCUUUCCAAACUCGACAUAUCGUCUGAUCUUACUGAACUAGAAUUGUAUGAAAAAUGCACAAGCCUUUUACUCACAGAUCAGAUCAUGGUGGUGGCUGAUGCAGAUGCUCCUAGAAUGUUGUAUCUCGAGCCUGUGGUAGAAGGUAAGGCCGCUGUACAAAGUAGAUCAGCAAAUACAUCACUUAUAGCUGCUGCAAGUGUUUCUGUUCUUGAGAAAGCCUUUUCCCAGUACAAGGAGGAGAGAGUUGAUGUCAAAGUCUUAAACAUACAGAGUAAGACUUCUGUAGUACCCCCGGAUGAAGGAAAAGCUUUAUCUGAAGAUGUUGCUGAAGGGGCGGCGGCGGCGGCUUUAGUUGGUGGACUCGAGGCCAAGAAAUUAUUGCAUCCUAACCCUCAUGGGGCUGUGGUCCAAGUUAGUCAUCAGAAGGCAGCAGAAACUGAGAUUGAACGGAUGGUACAAAACCCAGAGCAACCAACAAUAGAAAGAGUAAUAAGCAUGGAGGUGGAUGUGGUUUCAAAUAUAGCAGACGAGCAUGGUGUUGAGGGGGACGGUAAGCCUCUGGCAAUUGUGGAAGCAGGAGGAGAGCCUUGUGAGGUAAUGUUGACUACAACUACUACUACAACAGGCAAGGCUUUAGGCAAUCACUCCCUUAAAACUGACUCUCCUCUGCUUUGUCCCAAUGUUGUUUCAUCUGAUGAGGCGUAUGGGGUAGGGAAGCCUGUAGAGUCGGAGUCAGUAAUCUUAAGUCGGAUACAUCAUUCUCCUGAAAGUACACAUUGACACAUUUAUAUUUUCCGUUUUAUUUUAUUUUUUUCUGGAAAUGCCUAUUUCAUCAUCAUCCUCUCUGUGCUUUGUGGUGGUUUAUCUUUGCUAUCAAUAAAAACUAUUGAGCUCU